GAAACCGAACGUGAAAAGCGGGGAGGAAAGAGAGCGGGGAGGGAGAGAGAAAGAGAGCAGCGAAAGCGAGAGAGGGAGGGAAAAAACGAAGAGGGCCUCGGAUCUCGGCAACCACCAUUAAGGCGGAGGAAGAAGCGACAACAGCGGCCGCCGCGGAAUAUCGAGGGGGGAAAGAGGGGAGAGAGAUACUAUUUCCCUCUCUCUCCCCGCAACCCAACCCAGGAAAGGAAAGCGGGGACUCGUUUGGCCAGCCAGCAGCCGAAGGGUUGGCUUUGACCCCCUUCGGGCACUGCGCCCUUUUUUGGAGAGGGAGGCGGCGCGCGCGCGCGCGCUUGCAAAAGGAGAAGGCAGGAAGAAGAGCGAGCGAGGAAGGCGAAAGAAGAAGAAGAAAAAAGAAGACGAAAAAGAAGCAAAGGGAGAGGGAGGGAAGGGACGGGAGGGGAAAGAAGAAGAAGAAGAAAGAGGAGCGAGGAAGAGAGACAAUUCUAGAUUUUCUCCGUGCCCAGGAUUUGGGGAGGUUUCUCUGCUUGGAAGCUGCUCUGCCGCCGCCGCCGCCGCCGCCUUGGACCUGGAGGAUUAUAUAUAAUAUAUAUAUAUAGAAACAGAGACGUCUCUUAAUAUUCUCAUUUCGCCCUCCCCCACCAUUGGAGGUGGCGUGGAAGCUGGAAAUAUUUUUUUAAAGACCCAAUUAUUGUUAUUAUUUUACUGCUGCAGGGGUUGGAAAAGGGGGGGGGAGAAGGAGGAAGAAGGAGGCAGCUUUUUUAACCCGUGAUCCUGCGGAGAAUUUCUCUCCCCCCCCCGCGCCAGUGUAGUUCCCCCCCCUUUUUUUCUUUUUUCGUGACUGCCAAUCUCCCUCCGUUCCCUACACCCCCGUCUUCUUCUAUUCCCCCCCCCUUUCCUUUUUCUCCGGAUCUGCAUUGCGAGAGGAUCUGGUCGAGGUGUGGGGGAGAAAAGAGGUUGGAGGCCCGGCUUGAGCAGUAGCAAAGUCAUCGCUCUCUCCCCCCCCAACCCCUCCCCUCCCCUCCCCCCCCAACCAACCCCGUAGUAGGCUCCGCACUCCGCUCCCUCCAUGUCUUUAGACAGCGGCAGCUGCGAGUAAAAGAAUAAAAAAGGGGGGGAAGGAGAGAGGCUUCCCCCCCCCCCCGAGAUACACACAGCCGCCUUCUCUCCAGCGAGACCCGGUUGCUUCCUGCCCCACUCCCUUUUCCUCUCUCUCUCUCUGUCUCUCGGCUGCGGGUGCCCCCUCCUUUGCGCCCCCCAACCCCCGGCCUUUCCUCCCCACCCCCACCCCUUCCCUUCCCCCCUUUCCAUUCCGCCCCCCCCCCCAAGAUGGGCUGCUUAGGGAACAGCAAGACUGAGGACCAGCGCAACGAGGAGAAGGCGCAGCGGGAGGCCAACAAGAAAAUCGAGAAGCAGCUGCAGAAGGACAAGCAGGUCUAUAGGGCCACGCACCGGCUCCUCUUGCUGGGUGCUGGUGAAUCUGGUAAAAGCACAAUUGUCAAACAAAUGCGGAUCUUGCAUGUGAACGGAUUUAAUGCAGAGGAGAAAAAAAUGAAAAUUCAGGAUAUUAAAAACAAUAUUAAAGAAGCUAUAGAGACAAUAGUGACAGCAAUGGGAAACCUGGCACCUCCAGUUGAACUAGCCAAUCCAGAGAAUCAGUUUCGAAUUGACUAUAUAUUAAACUUAGCAAGCCAGAUAGAUUUUGACUUCCCACCAGAGUUCUAUGAACAUACAAAAACACUUUGGCAAGAUGAAGGUGUGAAAGCCUGCUACGAGAGAUCUAAUGAAUAUCAGUUGAUCGAUUGUGCACAGUAUUUUCUAGACAAGAUUGACAUAGUCAAGCAAAAUGAAUACACACCGUCUGACCAGGACCUUCUUAGAUGCAGAGUUCUGACAUCAGGAAUAUUUGAAACCAAGUUUCAGGUGGACAAAGUAAACUUCCACAUGUUUGAUGUUGGCGGGCAAAGAGAUGAACGCCGAAAAUGGAUCCAGUGUUUUAAUGAUGUGACUGCUAUCAUAUUUGUGGUGGCCAGCAGUAGCUACAAUAUGGUUAUACGAGAGGACAAUCAGACCAACCGGCUUCAAGAAGCAUUAAACCUUUUCAAGAGUAUCUGGAACAACAGGUGGCUACGGACCAUUUCAGUAAUUCUUUUCCUGAACAAGCAGGAUUUGCUAGCAGAGAAGGUUUUGGCAGGGAAAUCUAAGAUUGAAGACUACUUUCCAGAAUUCGAUCGCUACACUACACCAGAUGAUGCAGCAAUACCGGAACCUGGUGAGGAUCCUAGAGUUACAAGGGCCAAGUAUUUUAUUAGAGAUGAAUUUCUUAGAAUCAGCACAGCAAGUGGAGAUGGAAGACACUACUGCUACCCUCACUUCACCUGUGCAGUGGAUACAGAAAACAUCCGGAGGGUUUUCAAUGACUGUCGGGACAUUAUCCAACGGAUGCACCUUCGUCAAUAUGAGUUAUUGUGAUGGAGAGCACUUUUUCUCUGUUUUGGACUCCUUAUUCCUUAUUAAAAAGAAAAAAAAAACCUUGCCCACAUAGGGUGGAAGAAAAACUGUUGCAAUCUCCCUCUGAUUUGCAUCCCUCAACCUUUUCUCCUUGCUGGACAAAUAGCAGCACUUCUAAGCUUGCUUGUUUCACUCCCUUGGAACAGUUUGAGACGGCCCAUGAAAUGUAAAAGGCCAUUUCUGCGAGCGGGAGGGAGGGGGGCGUUUUUUCCCCUCUUAACACUGUCAUUAACAAAAUAAUAAUAAUAAUAAAUAACACCCUGAAAGUGGAACACCUGAGAGGAUUUGGGAUUAAAGUUAAAUAUUAAAAAAGCAAACAAACAAAAGAGAAAAUGGGAGAGAGAACUUUAGGUAAUUAGCACAGUUUGUGGGCAUAAUCCUGUAUCCCAUGAUUUCAACUUUGUUAUCCAUUCACUGCAUCAGACUCAAGAAGGUGCCAAGUCACAGACCAAGUUGAAAGGACAGGCGCUUGAGUUUGGUUCUCUGCCUCUGAAUGUGACUUUUGAGCAGAAAUACUGACAAUUCUACAGCAGAUCUAGACAGUAGAAAACCAACUGCUACCUUCAGAAAGGUGUUGUUGAACCAUGACGGUCCUCUGGUGACUGGGGACAUCGCUAAAUGAACUGCAUUAUGGCCUGUGAUUGCAGAAAGAGUUAACCACACACUGUUUUUUCAGUUUGUCCACUGAUGAUCCUGUCUGCUAUAUAGAUAUAUAUAUAUAUACAUAUAUAUAUAAAUCAUUAUCUGGACUGUCGUCCUCACAAUCUCCCCUUCUUUCUUUCUCUCUCCCCUUCUCCUUCUAUUGCCUUCCCGUAACCUCUCUUCCCAAUUUUUAUUUUACUGCUGGAUUAUUAUUCUUGUACAGACUGUAAAAUGUAUUAUUUUGUACAACUUUAUUGAAAAAAAAAUAACUUGUAGAAGAUCUUUGUGCCUUGAUUAUGGCUGUACCCGUGCAAUGAGCUAAGAUGUAAGUAUGUUUGAUUGCGCUGUACAGCUUUGUCAACCCUAUCUGCAGCAGUUGCUCAAGGUAGGGAAAAUUUAUCUGUAGUUUAGGGUUUUUUUCUGGUUUAUAAAAGGAGGAGGGGAAAAAAAUACUGUUUAGUAUUAAAAAAAAAAAGUACAAAUCGUGCAAACGUAACCACUUUAAAAGUGAGGUCUACAACAAGUGACCAGAUGUUGCAGCAUCAUGCUUUUUAAUUUUUAGCUUUAACUCAUUUAAAUCUCUAUCCAAAUGCAAAACAUGGCUUGUUUCUACAUAAACCAAAUUUUGCUACAAAUUAUAAAUGUUAGUCUUUGUCAUUCAUAGUCUUUUUUUUGUGCAAAAGGACAAAAACAGAACAAAAAAAAGCAAACACAUAGGCAUUGCACAGGCCUGGUGGCCGUCUCUGUGCCAGUCACAUGCUUUUCCACCACCACUAUUUCUGCGUGGGCAUAAGACUCCCAUAAUUGCAACGUAAUUACCUUGCCCCUGGAUUUGGCCACUCGAUUUCAGUUUCAAACGACAUUUUACUUCUCUUUUAAUAAAGAGAGACUUUAAAUUUUUGUUUUAUAUUAACUAUAUAAGUAGCUUAAAGUUGAGGAGUGUGGAUUUUUUUUUCUUAAACUUGAAUAAUUUAUGCAAAUCAUAUGCUUAGAACAACAUGUGGUACAGUUUUUUUAACAAAGAGCAAAAAUCACUGUAGCAAUAAGAGAGCAUGUAAUUUUAGUAACUACACCGCUUUAUAUUUUAUACUAAGGUGUUUUAUGUCUUUGUGAGAGUAUUACUUUUUCAUGUGUCUGAACCUACAUGUACAAAUUUGUACAAAGUCUAAAAUUACCGCUGUACAUCUAGAUCAACUACAUUAACUCAAGCCACCCUUUGCCCCAUCCUGAAAAAUGGGGCGAGGAGGAAAUCUAGAUUCCAAUACAUCGAUUAUUUUUUUAAUUGCCUUUUUUACACGUUAGCUUAUCUUACACCCACCAGACAUGACAUUAGUUUCUCUCUUGGGAAGAAGUCCCACUUUAGAAGCUGUGCUGUGGCCAAUAAUUUCUACAAGUGCCAGAAACCUUAACGUUAAGAACCACAGGUGUUGAGAAUCGUGACAAGGACAGGUGUAAUUAAUUCUAUAGUGGGGGGGGGAAUUCCCUGUCUCCUUUAAUAUACGCAGAAUGGGUAUGAACCAUUCACCAGGUAGAACAAAAACAAUUGCAUUGUUCACUGCAAAACACACACACACUUCAAUGCUGUGAAAGUGAGGGGGCGAAGACAAGAACAUGCCAUUGAGACUUUCUUCCCGUUUUCCAUUGCUGCAGUGUCCUGAUGAGAGCCAAGCCCUGUCUGAUUUUUUUUUUUAAAAAAACUAGCUUGCCUCAUCAGUUGUGGGGACUGCAGUUGUGUGAAGCAACUGAGGAAGCCCUAGCUGUGUCCGCAAUUCCCUCAGGCUCCCAUAAUAGCUCCUUUGGAUAGCAGCCUGGGCCUGCGGUGUAGCCAAUUCAAAUUUAGCAGACGGUCCGUUUUAACGUAGUAGGAUGAGCUGCCUUGUGAACGUUUGCGAUCCGUUGCAAAGCCUGUUCCAGAAACACACCUUUGCCAGUAUAAGACUUAGCUAGUGCCUGAUGGGAUUCCAUAGAGCAGAACACACACACACACACACACACACACACACACACACUUAAAAAUGUGAGCCUUAAUUUUUGCUAUAAAAGUAAAAAACAAAAAACCUAAGUUUAGUGCCAAACCUAUUUUUAUUACCUCUUUAAACCUGGGGGGGGGUGGAGGGGGGGAGAUAAUACAAGAAACAAAUCAGUAAGGAUAGAAACUAUUUGCAAAGAACGAACUGAGAAAAACAAAAGCAUCGCCUUUUAUUAAACAGUAGCAAAGACCCCCUUCCAUUGGUGAAGAGAUUAAGCAAGCAUAUGUAACAAAGGGCGUGUGUGCAUGCCAUACACGGGUACACACGCCGUUUAAAAUACACCACCUAUAAAGCUUUAUAUGAAUGGAAAUGUUUGAGGUCCUUUUUUUAAAGUUGGGUGGGUGAAGGGAGUGUUUUGGAACCAGUUUUGGCUGCAAAUGAAUGGAGAGUGGUGUGUGUGUGUGUGUGUGUGUGUCUCAUCUCAGUAUUGCCUCUUGUUAGUCUGUCUCUUUUAAGUUUUUGCAGUUUGGUGGUCUGGUAAAUGCAAGUCUUAUUUUAACAGCUUUUUCUCUUUGUUUUGUUUUUAUUUUUAAUACAAAAAAACCCAUAAAGCUUUGAUGCUUGCUAUUUAA